AGUCAUAAUCUCACUGACCCAGACAAGCACAGUUCAUCGAGAACAAGACAAUGACGACUAUUGCAGCUUUUGUUCUUCUUGCCUGCCUGAUUGCUGUAGGAGUAAAAGGGCAGGACAGGUCUUCAAAGGGCAGGUGCUUUUGUGCAGACAAAGGUGCAAACAUGGUUUUAGUGAAGAACAUCGAGAAGGUUGAAAUCAUCCCUCCAAGUCCAUCUUGUCGCAAACAUGAGAUUAUUGUCACUCUGAAGAAUGGUGCAGGACAGAAAUGCAUGAAUCCUGAGUCAAAAUUCACUAAAAAUGUCAUAAUAAAGGCUCUUGAAAAGAGGAGCCAACAGUCUGUGCCACACAGUACAUCUGUCACUGUGCCACUGAAGAACAUCCUGACAUCUACACCAUCAGCACCAACAUCCUUCAAAUGACUUCAUAGACUUCAUAGUUGGAGUUCAAUUUAAAAAAUAAAUAGAUCUCAAAAUAUUCAAAACAUUUCUUAAUGCCUAAGAUGAUUAAUAAUUAUUAUAUAUAUUUUUUAAUCUGAGCACUUGGUUGUAAAUAGUUUUUUUUUUCCACAAAAAUGUUUACAUAAGACCACUGAACAAUGUGUCAUAUGUACAGUCUUUUUCAUAAUUUAAUGUAUGAUUUUAUUUUCAUUGUCCACAAAGAAGUGUUAAAUAAAAGCUUUUUAUCUA